UCGAGUCUGUCUUGAAGGAACAGCGUUGAUAGCUGCACUAGUGAAUCUUCUCUUCUGGCUUUAGUCGCUCAAAACGUGUACAUGUGACAGGACUAGCCUUCUCUUGGGUGCGUUCUGAAAACUGACCACGGCGUCUGCGUAUCGUUUCCAUCCUGCUCCACCACUGACCUCGUGGCCCACACCUGCUGAGAGAUCUGCCUGGGACGCCUUGAUCGCCUCCAUCGCCUCCGUCGCCUCCAUCGGGUGUGCAUGUGUGCGAAAGAGGAUGCGAAAGAGGAUAGGUGAAGGCCAUUGAGAAAGCCUUUGACGACGGUAAUACGACGGCGACCAUUGAUUGAUUGAUUGCGGGUCACUGGGCCUGUCGAUCCAUUGCCGUUGACACCUAGCCGUGGUCGGCUUGAAUCGUUCGGAUCCAUUUGUGGCGAGCGGGUGUGAGCGAUUUGGAGCCACUCCCAGGUCAUGUCCGAGAAGGGUUCAAGCUCGGUGGCCGCUAAAGCCGGUCCCGACGAGAUGUCUAGUGGCAAUUCUUCCACUCACACGCCCUCGCCGCCCCCACCUGAAGCGGCUGCGGCUCAUGCUAAUCCGAGUGCGGCCUCCCAUGGGCCUUUAUCGUCGUCGUCGUUGUCGUCGUCGAGCAGCAAGCCGCCAUGGCCGAACUCGGCUGAUGGUUAUGAGGUCAAGGAUGUGAUUGGGGUGGGAGCCACGGCCCAAGUUCACGGGGCCUAUUGCCGCGUGCGGGACGAGAAGUGCGCCAUCAAGCGGAUCAAUUUGGAGAAAUGGAACACGAGUAUGGAUGAGCUGCUCAAAGAGAUCCAGGCCAUGUCAUCGUGUAAUCACGAGAAUGUGGUCACCUACUUCACGUCCUUCGUCCACAAGGAGGAGUUGUGGUUGGUUCUGCGCCUUCUGGACUCGGGGUCCUUGUUGGAUAUCAUUCGUCACAAGAUGAAGGCCAUGGACUGCAAGUCGGGGGUGUUGGACGAGGCCACAAUCGCCACCGUCCUCAAGGAGGUGCUCAAAGGCUUGGAGUACCUCCACAACACCGGUCACAUUCACCGGGACAUCAAGGCCGGCAACAUCUUGCUCGGCACCGAUGGUCAGGUUCAGAUCGCGGAUUUCGGCGUGUCAGCCUGGCUGGUCACGGGUCAAGGGGACAUGAAUCGGGCUCGAUCCCGGCACACCUUUGUGGGAACGCCCUGUUGGAUGGCCCCCGAGGUCAUGGAGCAGGUUACUGGCUAUGAUUUCAAGGCCGAUAUCUGGUCCUUUGGGAUCACGGCCAUUGAACUGGCCACGGGCACCGCGCCUUACCACAAGUAUCCUCCCAUGAAGGUGCUUAUGCUCACCCUUCAAAACGACCCGCCUACGCUCGAUUCCGGAACAGAGGACAAGGAGCAAUACAAACAGUUUGGCAAGACCUUCCGGAAAAUGAUCAGCGAAUGUCUGCAGAAAGACCCCUCGAAGCGACCCACCGCCUCCGAACUCCUCAAGCACCCGUUUUUCAAAAGCAAAGCCAAGGACCGCAAGUUCCUCCAGCAAAGCCUCGUGGCCUCCGCGCCCACUCUUGACGCCCGAGUGCAGAAGGCUCGAAACGGCGGCAAGCCACGCCCACCCAACUCGUCAGGUAGGUUACAUCGAAAUGAGGACGGCGAUUGGGUGUGGUCCUCCGACGACGAUGAUGAUGAUGACGACCAUCACCACCAUCCUCCACAUAACAAUAAAGUGCCGGCGACCGGCAAACCCAAUCCCAAUAACGCUGCCGUCAAAGCUCCAACCAACGCUUCACCAGCCAAAGCCUCGACACAACCAGCUAAACCAUUGAAUUUGGUUUUGAGGAUGCGGAACCCCAAACGUGAGCUCAAUGACAUUCGCUUUGAGUACCAGCCGAACAAAGACUCUGCCGACGGGAUUGCCAACGAACUCCUCGGCACUGGUUUAAUUACCAACGAUGACUUGGCCACCAUGUCCCACAACCUCAGCAUGAUUGUGAGCAAUCCCCCGCCAAAUAAGAUCAUCACUUUCCGCGUGACCACGGGCUUCGACAAGACCGAGAGUCCGGACGAGAAGAAUUUGUUGGGAUUUGCCCAGCUCAGCUUGACCGACUAGAAAUUGGGAGAACAAAAAGAAUCAAUACCACCCUUUCACAGCCAACAACUCAUUCCUGCAUGACCUCGUUGUCUCGAAAAAAAACCACACUCACAUACACUCAUAUUAUUUGGAGGAUCAGAGCCGCAUUGAAAUCAUAAUGAGAAGAAGAAGCUCUAUUUCUAUGUUGCUUCACAUGCAUACCAAGGCAUGUCUCUUGUUGACAUUGCUAAUUGUCGGAUCCGUCAGAACAAAUAAUGAGAUAAAAAAGUUAGUUGACCUCUUGUGUCUUCGGAGGGCCUAAAAUGCCAACACUGUUUGAAAAUUGAUUUAACAUGAUGUGCGUUUUAUCUUUGCAAACCCGCCAGAGCUUCCCAAGAACUUUCCCAGAUCCUUGAACUUGAUCUGUAAUAUCACGAUUAAGGGACCUGGGCUCGCUUUAACUCAAACAUCCCUCGAAAUCCCAAUGCCAAUCCUGGAAAUGACGUUUCCUUCUACAUUUGUCAAAACCAAUUCUUCACGACACGCUAUCCCAGUUCCGCAAUUUUUCAAUCAUUCUUUAGUAUAAAAAAGCUUGUGCCACAUUUCUCGAUUUAUUGUGUCAAUAAAUACCACUGGGCGA